UUUACAUAAGGCUCCAUCAGCCGGCCCACUCAUUACCAUGUUCUAUAUCCCCCUGCUCGGAGAAAGCAUCAUGGCAAAGCAGCUCCAUCCUCCAGCAGGUGUCAAAGGCCAGAACAGACCCGGAACUUUGCUCUUGUGACUUUCUUUUUUUUUUUCCCCCGAAGUUUCUGUCCUGGUUUUGCGGACACAGCAGGCCUAUGUUUGCUUUUUAAUGUUCUCUAAAAUGGUAUCCAAGCUGACGUCCUUGCAGCAGGAGCUGCUCAGCGCCCUGCUGGACUCAGGAGUCACCAGAGAUGUUCUGAUCCAGGCCCUGGAUGAUAUGGAUCCCAACCCGCCCGGAUUUGGAGUUAAACUGGAGACUUUGCCCAUGUCGCCGACCCCCAGCGGCAAGAUGAACGGAGGAGACUCGGACUGCAAGCCCGUCUUUCACACGCUGACCAACGGCCACAGCAAGGGGAAGCUGUCCGGGGACGAGGGCUCCGAGGACGGGGACGACUACGACACUCCGCCGAUCCUGAAGGAGCUGCAGUCGCUCAACACCGAGGAGGCCGCGGAGCAGAGGGCGGAGGUGGAGCGCAUGUUGGCAGAGGAUCCGUGGCGAGCUGCCCGCAUGAUCAAAGGCUACAUGCAGCAGCACAACAUUCCCCAACGGGAGGUUGUGGACAUCACAGGACUCAACCAGUCUCACCUCUCCCAGCACCUCAACAAAGGAACGCCCAUGAAAACGCAGAAGCGGGCGGCUCUGUACACCUGGUAUGUCCGGAAACAGCGAGAAAUACUCAGACAGUUCAACCAGGCAGUCCAGGGUUCUGGCAGUAACAUGACGGACAAAGGCAAUCAGGAUCCAGUGUUUUUUUACCCCGAGUACAACCCGUCCGGUCAGGGGGCGAUGGGCCAGCCCGGCGAUGAUGUCAGCGAACCCUCCAACAAGAAAAUCCGACGCAACCGCUUCAAAUGGGGCCCUGCGUCUCAGCAAAUUCUGUACCAGGCAUAUGAGCGGCAGAAGAACCCCAGCAAAGAGGAGCGGGAGGCUCUGGUGGAGGAGUGCAACAGAGCUGAGUGUCUCCAGAGAGGCGUGUCGCCGUCCAAAGCUCAGGGUUUGGGUUCAAACCUGGUGACGGAAGUUCGCGUCUACAACUGGUUCGCCAACCGUCGCAAAGAGGAGGCCUUCAGACAGAAGUUGGCCAUGGACGCCUACAGCACGCCGAGUCACAGCAUCAACCCUCUGCUGUCGCACAGCUCGCCGCAUCACCAGACCAGCGCUUCACCUCCUAGUAAGAUCCCAGUGCGAUACAGCCAAGGUGAGGUGACCUCCUCCACGUCCAUCAGCCACCACGGCAGCAGCGCCAUGGCGACCAGCCAGUCGGUCCUUCAGCAGGUGUCUCCGGGAGGAUUGGAUCCCAGCCACAGUCUGCUGUCACCUGACGCUAAGAUGAUCUCAGGUUCAGGCGGCGGACUUCCUCCUGUGAGCACACUGACCAACAUCCACAGUUCCCAUCACAGCCAGCAGACAUCAAACCUCAUCAUGCCUCUCUCCGGAGUCAUGGCCAUCGCACAGAGUUUAAACACGUCGCAGUCGCAAACGGUGCCGGUGAUCAACAGUGUGGCGGGCAGCCUGGCGGCGCUGCAGCCCGUGCAGUUUUCUCAGCAGCUCCACAGUCCACACCAGCAGAGUCUGAUGCAGCAGUCGCCCAGUCACAUGAGCCAGCAGCCGUUCAUGGCCACUGUCGCACACUCACACAUGUAUCCUCACAAGCAGGAGCCCCCACAGUACUCGCACCCCUCGCGGUUCCCCUCAGCCAUGGUGGUCACAGACACCAACAGCAUCAGCACCCUCAGCUCCAUGUCCUCCAGCAAGACGGACGGUGCUGUAAACAAGAUGGUGCAACUCGGGGGUCUCUCCUGGGUAAAUACAAUUUUAUCAGUUCAGUCCGGACCAAUCUACUCACACAGCCACUGUGCAUCUGUUUGUCCACACCACUGAUUUCACCCGACUAACCGGCGAGGAUGUGUUGAUAGAAAACACCUUCAGAUUUCUAUUUCCUCUCGUCGUUCAAUCAAUCAGCCGUUCCUUCACCCCGAACGGCUCUCGAUUAACGUCCCCUCCUUUCACUUUGCUGGCGGAUCGUUU